AUGUGCACACAGAUGAAUUUAGUGAUGAGAGAAGAUUCUUGGAGAGCAAGACAGUUGGUCAGGAAAAUUGGAGUGGCCGAACAUGAACGCUUCACGAAUUAUAUUUUGCCACGAAAACCAAGUGACCUGACUUUCGAUGAAACCGUUGCUGUUUUAUCGUCAAUCUUCGGAGAACAGGCUUCCUUGUUCAGCCGUCGAGUUCACUGUAUGAAUUUGAGCAAGAACGCUUCCGAAGACUGGGUUACAUACGCCGGCAAAGUCAACAAGGACAUGACAGAGGAUGAGUUCAAGUGUCUUAUAUUUGUGUGCGGGUUGACGUCUCCUGAAGACACAGACAUAAGAGCAAGAAUCCUCAGCAAGGUUGAGCAGAACUCAGACGUCAAAUUACAGAAUAUUACGUAG